AUGGCGACGUGCUGCGGAUGCUGCCAGCUGUGCUGUCCACGAUGCUGUCCUCCGAAGUGCGAUUGCUUCAAGUGUCCACCCUGCCACAUUAAUUGUCCACAGUGCUGCAAAUGUCCGCCUUGCUGCACGUGCUGCAAGUCUUGCUGCAAGCCUUGUGUUGGUUGCUUCGCGGCCUGUGGCUGCAAGUUCGCAUUCAGCGAGUAUCAGCCGGGGACUGCUGGUCGCGCAGGCGUGAAGGCCGUGGCUGGCAGGGACAGCUACGUGGAGGUGAAGAUCGAGAAGGUUUACAUGGUUGAUCCGGUGCCGUGCUGGCGGGUGACUCUGAUGUCCGCCGAUCCCCUGCAUUCGCAUCCCAUGGCCCGCGUGGCAAUCAAGAACAAGUCCCUGGUAGACCAGAAGACCCCCUGGGUCUAUGUGAUCGACUUGUCUCUGGAGAACUCGGGGCAAGAAGUCUUCAACCUUGUGGCUUCGCUCCGUGCAGCACCCACGCGCCAAAGGCUGUCCCUGGAGCACCUCCCGGAAGAGGUGACCUACACCGACGCCCCGGUGGUGUUUCAGUCCGUGGUCCCGCAGAACGCCCGUGUGAAUCCUUUGGCAAGUACGUGGCAGAGCUCCGCAGUUGCGUUCGGUGGAUUUGGCAAGCAUGAUGCGGCGGAGGGCGAGGAGGGCACCGAUGCUGAUGCAACUACGGCUGACGAGGAGGGCGCAGAGGGCGAAGAGGGAAAGAAGCGUCCGGACGGUCCGGACGAGGACUCCCCGGCGGAGUCAAAGGUGUGA